UAUAAGCCACUAUCCCUCCUUUGCUAAGAUCCAACACUACAGCUGGGUUUCCUGAUCUCUUCGUUGCAGCAGAGCUCCAAUCGUUUUUCUGUUGCUUAUCAAGCUAGUUUUCUGACUUUUUUCCAUUUGUGGACAAUGGCGAUGAAAACGAGCUCUGCAGUUACAGUGCUAGUAUUGGUCUUCCUAUGCCUUAGCUCCAUGCUCCAUGAAACCGAGGCUGCCUGCGCCGCGACCACCAGUCUGCUAGCCUGCUUGCCGGCGACGCAAUCGGACAUCAUGCCUUCCGCAACUUGCUGCACGCAACUCUCGAGCUACGUGGCCAACAACGGCCAGGAUUGCCUGUGCUCUGCAUCCACGAGCAACACCGCGCGUUCCGAUCUCGCCCUGAAACUUCCCCAGAAAUGCAACCUCAAGUUCAAGGCUGGAACCACUUGCAAUGGCAGAGUUAUUCCAGGAGGCCAGUGAUCGUCUCCGUGAGGGAGAACGUCGCCAGGAGCAGACUGGGACGCAAGAUCAGCGCUCAGAACUGGUUAGAUCCUCAGUUUCAGGGAGUGAUUAGAGUCACGUGAGACGUGGGAGUAAAUAGAUUGGCAGACACCGGAGGGAAUGUUUACUAGGACGGAAUAUAUUCACAAUGCGAGUUGAGGUUUUAAUAGAUACAACCUCCUCAUCUCGGUAAGUUUCACUUGGGAGGGAUGAGCAUAAUCGGGCGCCGACCCGUUCUGUUCCUCUGAGAUCACUUUCCGCAUACAAUACUAAGCUUGUUAACUAAUUUCAGCCCUGCGACCCUUUGAUGCCUA